AUGCAGCCUUGGCAACCUCCCUCGGUGGGGGUAGUUAAAGUCAAUUGGGAUGCGGCGAUUGGUUCUAAGGUAGGUUGGUUGCGACUGGGGAUAAUAGCUCUGAAUUUCCAGGGUCAUUUUAUGGGAGCAAAAUGUGUGAUGAAGCGUGUGGUAGUUGAUCCUAAAACUGCAGAGGCAAUGGCUGCUUUUUGGGCAAUCCAAUUUUGCAAGGAAGUAGGCUUUUUUGACGUUCUGUUUGAAGGAGAUGCUGCACAGGUUGUUGCGGAUAUAAACUCAAAGAUUUCCCAUCUUUCAAAGUAUGGCCAUUUUGUCGAAAGCAUCCGUUCAGAGAUUCAGUUCUCAAGGUUGGCAAAUUUUGUGCAUGUUCACAGAGAAGCUAACAUGGCGGCUCAUGUAUUGGCAAAACAUGCGCCGAUUGGUAAGGAGGAUAGUUGUUGGCUUGAAGAUAUUCCUUUGUGUAUUUCUCAUAUUGUUUGUUGGGAGCAAUUGUUUCCCUAG